CGGUUCUUGUCGGUUCUUGUUGUUUUGGGCUAAAAACGUUAAAAACAUUUUUGUCAGUUUGCAGCUCACCUGAGCAGUCUCACCUGUCUUCAUAUGUGUCUGUCUGCUUUAUGUACACAUGUGGUUAACACACACACACACACAUAUAUAUACACAAUAAAAUGCGUUAAAAACAGAUUAACAUAUAUAUAAAUAUAUAAAUGAGCUCCCUUCUUGAGACAAAGCUGCCCGUGUCCAGGCUGCUCCCCCCGGCUCUCUUCCUCCAUGCUGUCCCGCUGGACACCCCGAUGGGAGGGACUAAAGCUUCAUCAGCUCCGGGGAACCGAUGAACCGUGAACCGACCAACACAUGAAGCUCCGCGUUUAAUCUGACUCCUCAUGUUGUAAUCUGUGUGUGUGGAUCAUCUGAGCCGGGCGGUGUUAAACUCACAGCAGCAGCGUGAUGCCGAGUCCGGAGGAUGUGAUCGAGCCGGUGGCUCAAAGCUCGACGGCCCAGAACCUGGGCCAGAGGCGCUAUAUGACCGACCUCCACAAUCUGAGUCCAGACGAGAUCGACGGCCUCAUGUCGAGCAGCGAGGGUCGUCCUUUCCUCGUGGUGCAUCAUCUUCCUGAAAUCAAAGAGGAGGGAAUACCUUACUUAAUGCCCGGUACUCCGAUUACAUGCAAAGUGGACAACACGGAGAAAUACACGACCCGCUCAAAGGUUAACGUCGGCACGCUGUACACAGUGAGUCUCACACAUGGCCACUUCCACUGGACAGUGAAGAGGAAGUACAAACACUUCCAGGAGCUGCAUCGCGACCUUUACAAGCACAAGAUGAUGCUUCACUUGUUGCCUCUGGGAAGGUUUUCAAAGGAGAGGCAGCAGCUGAGAGCCAUGUCGGAGGAAAUGCCCAGCCUGCACGGCACAGAGCGGACCAGACGGACCUCCAGCAAAAUGAAAUACCUCGAGGAGUACCUGAAUGGUCUGCUGGAGAACGCGUUCUGCAGGAACUAUCACGGCAUGCUGGAGUUCCUCUCCGUCGGCGCUCUCUCCUUCGUCACCGAUCUUGGACCCAAAGGCCUGGAGGGACCCAUCUUCAAGAGGUCAGGAGGUCAUCGGAUCCAAGGCCUGAACUGCAUCGGUCACCAUCAGUUCUGUUUCCGCUGGUCGCGGCGCUGGCUGGUGGUGAAAGAUUCCUUCCUGAUGUACAUGAACCGAGACAACGGCAGGAUCAACUUUGUGCUGCUGUUUGACCCAGAGUUCAAGGUGAAGGUGGGCCGAGCGUACACGGACACCAAGUACGGAGUCUGCAUCGAGAACUUCACUCGGAGUCUGAUCAUCAAAUGCAGCAGCUACAGACAGGCUCACUGGUGGAGUCACGAGAUCGACCGGCUGUCAGAAAACUGUGACUACCUCAAAGUGCAACGCUUCGAGGGCUUCGCUCCGCCGCGGGAGAACACGCUCACCAAAUGGUACGUGAACGGAAGUGGCUACUUUGCAGACCUGGCUGAUGCCCUGGAACAAGCCAGGGAGGAAAUCUUCAUCACAGACUGGUGGCUCAGCCCUGAAGUGUUCCUGAAGAGGCCGGCUACAGAUAACUACUGGCGCCUGGACGAGAUCCUGAAGCGCAAAGCGGAACAAGGAGUCAAAGUGUGUGUCCUGCUGUACAAAGAAGUGGGGAUGGCACUUGGCAUCAAUAGCGAGCACAGCAAGAGGACUCUCAUGAAUAUGCACCCAAACAUCAAGGUGAUGCGACACCCUGACCACGUGUCGUCUGUGGUGCUGAUGUGGGCUCACCAUGAAAAGAUUGUAGCCAUUGACCAAACGGUGGCCUUCGUUGGGGGCAUUGACCUCGCGUUUGGGAGGUGGGAUGACAGCGAGUAUCGGUUAACCGAUCUGGGUUUGGCGAGGACCAGCGGUGUAACCGAGGAGGAGCGCAAAGGAGACACAGUGGAUAACGGCGUGGCUGAUGGUCCAAAACCAUCAGAACCAGAUAAGCAAACAGAGCUGGACCCCGAAGAUCUGACCGGAAACACGAAACUGUGGCUCGGCAAAGACUACAGCAACUUUAUCAAGAGGGACUGGGUCCAACUGGACCGACCGUUUGAAGAUAACAUCGACCGUACUCAAGUUCCUCGCAUCCCGUGGCGUGAUCUGUCUGCAGGCCUUCACGGCCACGCUGCCAGGGAUGUGGCGCGCCACUUCAUCCAACGCUGGAACUUCAGCAAGAUCUUCAAAAACAAGUACAAGGACGAGUUCUUCCCUUAUCUUCUCCCCAAGUCUCACUGCACCGCUGACUCCCUCCCGUUCACUGUGCCAGGCUCCAAGAAGGCCAAAGUGCAGGUGCUGCGCUCGGCUGAUCGUUGGUCUACAGGAACCUGCGAGAGCUCCAUCCUCAACGCCUACAUCCACAUCAUCGAGAACAGUGAGCACUUCAUCUACAUCGAGAACCAGUUCUUCAUCAGCUGCGCCGACGGGAAGAACAUCAACAACAAGAUCGGCGAUGCGAUCGUGGAUCGGAUCUUGCGUGCUCACAGAGAGAAGAAGAAGUACAGGGUGUACGUGGUGAUUCCUCUGCUUCCUGGAUUUGAGGGUGACCUCAGCACCGGAGGUGGAAACGCCAUCCAAGCUAUUCUGCACUUCACCUACAGGACCGUGUGUCGAGGAGAGCACGCCAUCCUGUCACGACUCGGUGAAAUUGAGGACCAGUGGACAGAGUACAUCACACUGUGCGGCCUGCGAACGCACUCCCAGCUCUCCGACACGCUCGUCACGGAGCUCAUCUACGUUCACAGCAAGGCCAUCAUCGCCGAUGACCGCUGCUAUCUGAUUGGAUCAGCCAACAUCAAUGAGCGCAGCAUGCUGGGUAACCGCGACAGCGAGGUGGCGGUGUUUGUGGAAGACGAGGAGCGCGUCCCGUCCGUCAUGGGCGGGGAGGAGUACGAGGCGGGGCCGCUCACGCUGGCUCUGCGUAAAGAGUGUUUCAGCGUUCUCGUCGGAGCUUCUUCAGACCCGAGCAUCAACAUCGAUGAUCCAAUCAGCGACGAGUUCUUCUUCUUGACCUGGAACGAAGCUGCUAAAAUGAACAUCGCCAUUUAUGACAAGGUCUUCAAAUGUCUUCCCUACAACUCUGUCCACAACAUGCAAGACGUGAAGGGGUACACCAGCCAGGAGCGCCUCUGUGACAUGGACCCCGAGCAGGCCAAAGAGGAGCUGAAGGCUGUCCGAGGCCUGCUGGUCCACUUCCCCCUGAAGUUCCUGUGUGAGGAGAACCUGCUGCCUCCGCUCAACACUAAGGAAGGCAUAGCACCCAUGGAGCUGUGGACAUAACCACAGAUCACUGUGUAACGUUCACCACUAUACACUAGUAUAUAACACACUAAAGUAGAACGAGCACUAACACUGACUCACACGGUGAGCACAUCUAUCUGUUAACCACUGAUGUUUCCUUAUUAACUGUGAGACGAACAUAACCACUGAAACGUAGAGUCUGCUGAACCUGUGUGUGCAAAACAAAAUGAAUGUCUGAGUCAGGAGCAGGAUGGAGAGGCUGUACUGGAAAUGGAGCAUCUCACAUGAUCUGGGAACAUAGUGUACAGUUAUUGGUGCAAGGCUUUUUGGGUGGGUGGGUGGCUCUCUCUCUCUCUCUCUCUCUCUCUCUCUCUCUCUCUCUCUCUCUUCCUCUGAGGCUUCACCUCUCACUGCAGUGCCAGCAAAUCUGUCAGAACAUUUGUGGUUGUUAUGGUGACGGAUAUAAAGAGAUGACUGGAUCGAGGCUGAAAUAAAAGAGUCGAAUGGGGGACAGAGAAGGGAGAGGACUGAUAAGAGGAAGGAACUCACUGAAUCAGGAUGACGCUGGGAAAUGGAAGGUGAUCUGUCGACUGACGCAAAGUCAUUUUUAAUCGGUUUUUUUUUGGUGUGGGGGGUAAAUGAUCAGAAAGGAAGGGAGGGUGUGAUAAUUAAAGGGUGUUAGGUUGAUUUACUGUUAAUUGUUGCCUCUUUAUCUUCUUCUUUUUUAAGUCACCAUGACAACCAAGUGAAUUAUUAUUUCAGCGUGUUGUCAGAGAACACAUUCCUCUGUCCACUCGGCUUUGCUGCCUGAACGCAGAGACUGCCUGACCAUUGAUCAGCUGUUUUCCAUGUGGGCUCCACAAGUGCCAUAAAAUAUGUCUUUCAUAUCUACCUUUGAUAUUAAUUCAGGUGCAUUAUAUUUAGCCAUAACACUGUAGCUGAGUAGAAACAUAAUGUGGCUUUUAAUUCGUAUAUAUAGUCAUAUUUUUAACGUUAAGCUGCAGAUCUCUUAAAAUCUGCUCAGUGAUCCAAUCUGUUGUCAAACAUGUAGCAUCCGUGGCAGCUACUGAUUUGGAAAUAUCAUGUAAUAACUCAUAACCAUAUCCCUUGUGUAGAAAAACAGGAGUUGGGUUACUGUUGCGCAGUAAUAAAAUAUGAUAAGCAUGCCUCUGUAGCUGUGAGGCAAAGGGAGUUUGACCAAGGUGAGGACGGGAAUACGGAAGCUCUGAAACCUGAGAGUGAACAAAAGAAAAGAUCUGUGUCAUGACAACAGUGGGAUGUUCUGAGCCUUCAGGUGUUUCUUAUCAGACUCAAAACCAAAACCUGCCCCAUGUUUGAAACAGGCCUGCCUGUCAACAGAUGACUCAGACCUGACGUGCAGUAAUCUGAAAGAGUUGAACCUUGUUCUUCAGAAGCUAACACUCCUGAGGUGGUUUCACUGCAGACUUCUUCUUCUUCUGUGAGUGUGACAGGCGUCCCAGGAGAACGGCGUCUCGCUCUACAUGAAGCACCUUUCACAGAGGAGCCAGUAAAACCAUCUGUGUUUAGAAAGUGUUCACACUUUCCUUUGGAAGGCUUUUAAACGCCUCUCUGAGCCUUUGCACACUUAGACGCUGAGUAUUUGCUUUCUUAUAGCACAAACGGCCACGGCCACGCCUUGAAUCACGUUCUGCAGAGACGUGAUCUUACACAGUUUGUUUUAUUGGCCUAACAACACAUUUUAUCUAUACUGUAUCUUACUAAUAUAUAUUUUUUUACUGUCUUUUGUGGAAACUUUUGUGGGCUCUGUAGAUGUAGGUCAGUACCUUAAAGUUGAUCAUGUAUAAGUUACUAACACUGAUGAUAAAUAUUCCUACUGUUAUGAACUUUCAGUCACUUUUAUUGUUUCCUCAAUAAACUUGUUUUUUAUGGAGUUUACUUACUUUAAAAAUAUGCAUGUUACUCAAAACUAAACGUCCCAUGUACCUUUUUUUUAAAUAUGAGAAUAUACAGUAUACAAUAUUUGUACUUUUGAUGAAUGUAGGUAAGAGAGUUUAACAUUAAAUAUGAUUAUAAGGAAACAUUUUAUGUAACCACAUGUUUAUUUUUACAUAGAGAAUCAUGACAAAUGUGGACAGAAACCCACUGAUUUUAUAUCUCAUUUUAUAUCCUUUGCUGUCUGUAUAUUCCUGGAUGAAAUCAUGUUUUCAUAGAUCACAGAUCAAACAUGUUUUAACGCUGAAAUGUUCAAUAAAACACUAAUGCAAUCCUCUGGGUUAUUGCCACA